ACGAGUCCAUAGUCCACCGGAGGGGGAAGGAGGGUCGGCGAGGUUGCUUGACGACGGCGGCGCGGCGGGCUGCGUGUGCGCACCACCCCCUCUCCCUCCGCUGCCCGAGUCAAGGCAGCCAACAUGGCUGCUGCUCGUGUAACCGAUGGUUCCUUGUGAUCGUGUCCAAAUAUACAAUGCUCAGAUGGAUGUCGAACCGCUGAAGUCGGACGAGCAAACUGGAGUACAAAAGCCAGCGUGAGAUGCAAGGUGACGACAAGAGGAACGACCUGUUUUUGGGAACCGGGGGCUGGGAUGCGCGGCCAGCCCCCGAGACCCGGGAGGGACCCCCGCAGUCGUGGGGAUCCCCCGCCUGCCGGAACUCCCAGGAAGGCUCAGGAGAGGAGUCCUGGGGGGAAUCCGGCGUCCCAUCUGUGAUACACCGCUCGGGCAGCGCAGGCAAUAGUCAGGGGGCCCCACGCCAGAGGGGGCCCCCCUCCUCCUCCUGCUGGGGCGAAGGUGCCCACGAAGGGUCGUCGGAGCAGCUGCUGGGUGCCGUGGGGGGCUCCGAGGAGGCCCCCUCGCAGCGGCGGGCACCCCCUCCCCGCCUGGGGCUCCUGGGGGGCGGCGAGAGCUCGCUCAACAAUGCCGGGGCCUCGGCUGCCGGCGGCUGGGGCCCCCCUCCCGGCCCCCAGCAGGGCGGCUGGGGGGCCUCGGCCCAGUGGGGGGGCGCGGCCCCCCGGGGCCCGGCCCCGCCUCCCGACUACGGAGGCCCCCAGGCGUCUUCCGGGGGUGAGGGGGGUUCCCCGGCCAAGCCUCUCCCCUCCCAGUGGGGCAGCAAGGAGGCCCCCCAACAGGGUCCCCCCUCCGAGACGCCCAAGCCCCCGCCUCCGGAGCACGUGUCGGAGCUACGCAGGGCGGCCGCCUACAGCGAGGGCUGGGGACAGACGGUGAUCAACCAGGAGAGUGCCUGGGACACGCCUCCGUCGCCCCAGCCCGGGACCAAAGAGCCGCCUCCCGUGGCUCCGUGCCCCCCGGGGGUGGUGCCGGGGGCACCGCAGUGGAAGGCCAACACGGGCACCGAGAUCUGGGAGAGCAGCGUGCGCAGCUCCAGGGGGGGCCCCAAGCAGCCCCCGCCGGCCCCCACCAGUCAGGGCCAGCAGGCGGCGACACAGCCCUGGGGCCCCCACACCCCCACCAGCCACAUAGGGGGCACGUGGGGCGAGGACGACGAGUCGCCCGCCAACAACAACAACAACGGCAACGGCAACAUGUGGACGGGGGUGCCCCGCACCCCGCAGGCCCCCGAGCCCCCGGCGCCCUCGUGGGGGGACAACGGCAACAACCGUCCCGAGAAGCAGUGGGGGGGACCCUCCCCUGGCUGGGGGGGCCCCGACGCAGAAGGGGGCCGGCCGUGGGGCGGCGGCAAUCGCCACGGGGCGGACGAGGGCUCGUGGGGGGGCCCCGGGGGCCCCAAGGGGGUCGGCACGUGGUCCCCCGUGGGGCCGCCGCCCCCCAACCCGGGCAAGCGGGGCGGCGAGCCGUCGGGCUGGGAGGAGCCGUCGCCGCCCCCGUGCCGGCGGCCCCCCGUGACGCACUACGACGACGGGACGGCGGUGUGGGGCAACCCGACGCGGCAGGGCAAGGUGUCCCACUGGAAGGACAUGCCGUCGGUGAAGCCCAUCAGCGGGGCGCCCCCGGGCAUGCUGCGGGUGCCCAAGGACGGGGUGUGGGGCGGCCCCAAGGGGCGGCCCUGGCCGGACUGGGACGAGCACAAGGGUGCCUGGGACCAAGGGUACUGGGGGGCCAAGCCCAAGGGGCCCCCCAGCUGGGCAGAGGGCCAGAUCGACACCAGCACCUGGGGGGGCCCGUCCAAGCAGGGGGGAAAGCCGCUCACCAAGGACCUCAUCUAUGCAAGCAAGCAGUUCCGGCUCCUCUCGGAGAUGGGCUUCAAGAAGGAAGACGUGGAGAAUGCGCUGCGAAUGAACUGCAUGAACCUCGAGGAUACGCUGAUGGACCUGCAGGCCAUGGCCAGGGCCGGCGGCGUGCCCGACUCCGGGCUGCUGGACGGUUCGGACUGCGGAGGUCGAGGCGGCCCCAAGAUGCGGGGGGACGACGGGGGGCCGGACCCCCACGGCCCCCACGGGGAGCCCCCGUUCCCGGGCUUCCACGGCGGCUCGGGCUUCCAGGGGCUGCCCGUGUUCGGGGCGGGCUACGGCGCCGCCCAGGGACAGGGCUUCAAGCCGCCUCCCGUCAAGGGCUCAAACCAGGGCGGCCUGCUGAACAGUGGCGGUCUAGGAGGGCAGAACUCUAGUCUGACAGUUGGCAACAGCAUCAGCAGCCUGAGCCCGGCAUUGGUGCAGAAGAUCUUGCAGCAGCAGCAUUUCCCUCCUCAGGGAGGCGGAGGAGGGGCCAUGGGGGCUCGGCUGCCCAACGUCCCCUCGGCGGCUCAGCUUCGGCUGCUCGUUCAGCAGAUCCAGAUGGCCGUGCACGCGGGACACCUCAACCCGCAGAUCCUGAACCAGCCGCUGGCGCCCCAGACCCUGCAGCUUCUCUACCAGCUGCUGCAGCAGAUCAAGGUGCUGCAUGCCCUGCAGCAGCAGCAGCAGGUGCUGCACGCCAAGGGGCCUCCGGGGCAGCCGCCCCCGCUGCAGCUCAACGUGCAGCUCACCCAGACCAAGCAGCGCAUCCUCAACCUGCAGAACCAGAUCGCCGCCCAGCAGGCGCUCUUCCUCAAGCAGCAGCUGCCCGCACCCCCGCAGCAGCAGGAGCCCUUCCCUAAGCAGGAGCCCCUGCACGCGGACUUCCGAGACCUGAACCUCAAGGAGGCGGCGUCCCAGUCCCGCCUGACCCAGUGGAAGCUGCCGGCCUCCCUGGACCAGGAGGACAAGCCGCCGCAGCAGAACGGUGCCCCCGGGGGCGGGGACUUCAGCCGGGCCCCGGGGCCCUCCAAGGGCGCCCUGCACCCGCUCCUGGGGCCCCCCGAUGGGCCCUGGGCCCAAGGAGGCGGCGGGGGCGCGCCCCGGGGCCAGGACGGUUGGCCCGAAUCGUCACGCCCUUCCAACAGCCCCCCCGAGGCCAAGGAGGCGUCCUCGGCCUACAGCCUGGGAGACCUGGUGGCGGAGUUUGAGCCAGGCAAGCCCUGGAAGGGGGCGUCGUCCAUGAAGAGCGCCGAGGACGACCCCCACCUGACCCCCGGCAGCGUGGUGCGCUCCCCGCUCUCCCUCAACACCAUCAAGGACUCGGAGCUGUUUGGGGGCGGCUGGAAGCAGAGCCCGCCGGCGACGGAGGGCUCGCUCGCGGCCUCUCUGGCGUCCCUGACGUCGAGCACGUGGGCCUUCACGCCUGCCAUGCACACGGGUUCGUCUUCGGCCAAGGGCAACAAGGGAGGGAGCUGGGGCUCCAUGGGUUCUGAGCAGCAGAUGCCCAGCUCGGACCCCUGGGGGGCACCCAAGACGAGGGGACCCCCGCCCGGACUGUCCUCUUCAAGCACCCAAGGCUGGGACCAGAGCAGCUGCACUUUCCUGGUGCUCAAGAAUCUGACACCUCAGAUUGACGGGUCCACGCUCAAGACGCUGUGCAUGCAGCACGGGCCCCUGCAGCUGUUCCACCUGUUCCUGAAGCACGGGCUGGCCCUGGCCCAGUACUCUAGCCGCGAGGAGGCGGCCAAGGCCCAGUCGGCUCUGCACAACUGCAUUCUCUCCAACACCACCAUGCUGGCCUACAUCCCGUCGGAGGCCGAGGUGGCCCAGUUCCUGCAGCUGGCGCAGGGGACCCAGCAGGGGCCCCCCUGCUGGGCCCCCGGGGGUGGCGGCGGCGGCCCCUCCUUCCACCGCUUCCCCUACGGCUCCCGCCCCAAGGCCCCCGAAGCCCCCUGGAACCCGGCCUCCACGGCGGCCCCGCCCACCUCGUCGUCGUCGGGCGCCUCCCACCUCUGGUCCUUCCCCGGCGCGGGGGGAGGCCUCUGGGCCGCCCCUCAGGCCCCCCAGGGGCCCCAGGGGGGCGACGACCACCCCGGUGGGCAGCAGUCUUCGCUCAACUCCUUCCUGCCCGGCGACCUGCUCAGCGGGGAGUCGAUGUGAGUGCGCUCUGGACGACGCUGAAGGAGUGUGCUUCUGGCGGACCCUUUUUCUUUCGACCCCCUUCCCCCACUGUGAUAGCCGCGUUGACCCUCUCCCCCCUGCCCCGCCGCUCCGCGAGCCCCGCCACGCGUGCGUCCCCGGGAGGCUUUUGGCGGGCCCGAGUGCGUGUUGUGGUCCGCCCCCUCCUCCAUUUGCCAAAACGAUUCUCUCGGAGUCAAUCAAGAAAGAAGAGUAUAUACACGACAAACAACACACAAACGUUAUUAUAUAUAUAUUGAGAUACCGCGUACAGUGUCUAUCGACCACCUUUUACACCGUGAGGCCGUGCGACGCCGCUCCCCCCCCCUUCCCUGCCUUGUCCCGGCUUGCACAAAGAAAUGAUGACUGCCAAAGUGUGAUACACCCGCCUCCCUGUCCCCCAUCUUCUAUCUGUUCCUCUUGCCGCGCUGGUGGUAGUCACAUCACUUCCUCGUCUCUCUCGCGUUCUGAGGUGCGUUAUGCGGGC